CAUUGAUGUACUUGAAUUCUUACAAUCAAGACUCAAGGAGAGUAAAGAUGAUAAAUCCCCUCCAGUUUGAUUGUCCUCCACCAAACUAUGAAGAAACAAACAAUCGAGGAUGGGAGUCUAUAGCCAAAGCAAUUGUGACGAACCAAUCUUCUCUCACAAAGAUGAUCAAGCAUGCGAAGAGAAUUAGAAGAAAGCAGAAAGAAUGGCAGCUGCUACCAUUCAGGACUCUCAGACUAUUCCCUCCUCAGAAGAAGAGCAUGUUGGCUGGGUCUGACCGAAAAAAAGUUAUAAGUUACUCUGGAGCUUUUUGCUCGUUAAGAGGAAGGAAAUAAACAGAAAAUUGACUCAAAGAUGCCCCAUCUCUCCAAGAAGGGCUUCUCUUUUAGCAAAGAUAGAGCCAGGACCAAGCUUAUUGAGAAUAGCUCGAGUUCUACAGGAUUCAAUGUAAAGAAGCACACUUUUAGAUCACAAGAUAGAGCCUCACUCAUGAUUAAUGUAGCAAAAUUUAGAGAAGAAGAUGAUGCCCAAAUGGAGGAUAUCGAAUCGAUUGACUCAGGAAGAGCGACACCAGACUGUGAUAAAGGGGAUUACUUUGAGCAGAAUCAUAAAAAUAGUGAAGGUAGUAUUUCAAAAAAGGAAGAGAAUUCUAAAAUUACUAAUCAAGUAAAACGCAGGAGAAGAGAUAAGUUCAUGUCUCAAAGAUCAUUUUGGAAAUAAAAUGAAACAGAAGACCAUAAGAAAACUCAGACUUGAUAUCCUGAAUGAAGAAAGUUCUCAAGGAAAAUCGUCAAAGGGAUCCCUAGUUCCAGCUGAUAAAAAUAAAUCACUGGAAAUGCUCAAGAGGAUAUCUGGAGGAAGUUUUGACGGUGGAAACCAUCGGAGAAUCAGCCUAAAAAGACACUCUGCAGUCUGAAAAAACCCACAAAUAUUAAUAAGCAAGAAAGUCGAAUUAAAGAGAAAUAAAAGAGAGACACAAGUGAAGACUUCAAGAAAAGAUUUAAGAAAGAAGAUCAAUCUCGAACGUUCAAGAACCAAUGUCAACACAAAACGAAACUUCGUUCUUAAGAAUCGAAAAUCCUUUUGUAAUGCAAGACAGGGAUAUAAUGCUGAAAUUGGUAAUAUGAGUCGUACAAAAUUUAUAAAAGAAAAAUCAGUCAUCCUGGAGGAGUCAAUUUCUUCAAUAAAGUCAAAAUCUAAGCACAGACUUAAAUCACCAGGAGAUCCAAAACGGCAAUUUUUGUUAAGCCCUCUUCACAGACAAAUGAAGCCUAGUUUUCAGAUAACGUACCAAAAAUUCCAGCAGAACAAGAUAACAAAAUUGUCUUCCAAAUCCCCUCAUACAGCUCUUCCUGCCAACAAAAUGGCCUGUUCUGCAGAGGCAGGGAGGAACUUGCUCUCUAGGAUGCAGGCUAAGAGACAAGUCCAUAACUCUAUCCUUAAGAAGAUAUAUGAUCGCUUGUAGAGCCUAUGGGCUGAUCGGAAAUAUCUGGUGGGCUCCUGAACCAAGCUCAGGUUCCUAUCCGAGACCUUAAAUUAGCCCGAUUGCUUAUAAGUUAGGGAAGAGAUGUAUGGAUUUAGU